AUGGUUUUUUUCGCACUCCUGUUGCCUCUGGCUCUGCUAUCCACACGCGUAUACUCGCAGUCAUCCGCUUCGUCCUCGGGCACGCUUGUCACAGCUGCCAGUGAUGUGUCGGCGUUGACAUCCAGCGGCCUUGCAGGUAACUCUCUAACGUGCACCCCGAGCGGACCGUCAUCCAAUGCGACAGUAACGACCAAGAAGCUGACGGUCAUAGUAGGCCAAAGCUCUUCCACAGCCUCUACCAAUGCCACGGCUUCAGCAACGACGUCGACGGUGGCAUCGCCCCAGCCGACGGCCAACACGCAGUCCUGCAACGGCUAUGUUGAGUUCUGCGACCGCAAGUUUUCAAACGUGUCCAUGGUCGUGGCUCACAACAGUCCAUUCGUCAAGCCCCACAAUGCCGCCAGCAACCAGGCGUACCCCGUGUUGACGCAGCUGCACGAUGGAAUCCGUGGGUUGCAAUUCGAGACACACAAGCCCAACCAGACGUCUGCCAUCCGCCUCUGCCACACGUCCUGCGACCUGCUCGACGUGGGGCUCCUAUCGACGUAUCUAGCGACGGUCAAAACAUGGCUGGACACGAACCCCUAUGAAGUCAUCAGCAUCAUGAUGGGCAACAACAACAACGACCAGUUCCGCAUCGCCCCGGCAGACUACGCCUCGGCCUUUGCCGACGCAGACAUGACCUCGUAUCUGUGGGUUCCGCCCGCGCCCAGCAUGAAUCUCUCCGACUGGCCCACGCUCAGCGAAAUGAUACUCCAGAACAAACGCGUCGUCGUCAUGCUCGACUACAACGCAAACCAGACACAAGUCCCCUGGCUCCUCGACGAAUUCAGCUACCAAUGGCAAACCCCCUUUUCCCCGACCGACCCCUCGUUCCCAUGCACCGAGCAGCGGCCUGCAGGCCAAGCCGCCGCUGUAUCCAGAAAUCGCAUGUACAUGCUCAACCACAACCUCAACGUUGCCGUCGACCUGGCGGGGCUCUCGCAGAUCCUGAUUCCAGCCUACUCGCUGCUCGACCAGGUCAAUGCCGUCAGUGGGAAUGCGAGUGUCGGUGCGAAUGUUGACAAUUGCACGCAAAUGUGGGAUCGGCCGCCCAACUGGAUCCUCGUGGAUUACUACAACUAUGGCAAUUUCAACGGCUCUGUGUUUGAGGUGGCGGCGCGUGCGAACGGCGUGUCGUAUAACCAGCAGUCGUGCUGUGGGCCCGAUACGGUGAGUGAGGCGAGCGUUGGAAGACUUGGGGGGUGGAUGGGCGUGGUGUGGAUUGCCAUGGUAUUCUUGGUAUGGCGAUGA